AUGAUGAAGUUCUCCGCUGCCACUGUCGUUGCCCUUGUGAGCACCACUUCUGCUUCCCUGGUGGCGCGACAGACGGUUGCUGUAACCCCUACUGUCGCCGUUACAGGGCCCUCGGCUGUUUCGCAGUGUAGUGUCAUCUCAUCUACCCAGGUCUGCAAAGCUGGCACAGAUGAGUACAAAAUCGCGUCUACCCCUUCUGGCGCACUGCCCGCAUCGUAUACGGCAUGCCACAAGCAUGGCGCCGCCACAUACUGUAUGUAUGAUGAUGGCGAGGUCCUCAUUGAAGCUGCCAACGCCCCGGCUGCAACCGCCGCAACGGCGACAAUUCCCGCUGAGACUGGCGCCCCAACCGCUGUAUCUGGCUGUCACUUACAUGGUUCUGCUCUUUUCUGUAUGUGGGGUACUUCGGAGUACCAAGUUAAAACCACACUAACCAAUACGGCCGCUUCUGCCGUCCCUACUGCCUUCGACGGCUGCCAUAAUCAUGGUUCCGAUACAUAUUGCAUCGCCCCUAACGGAGAAGAGGUCCAGCUAGUGGGAGAGGGCGCCGACUCUUCCGGCUCUGACAGCGGUGGUGAACAUCCCCACGGCGAGAACUGCCACUUCCAUGCCGGAGUUGAACACUGCAUUGGCGCCGGCGAGAGCGAGCACAGUAGCUCGCGGAGUUGUAAGAAGGUAACCCGCGACUACAACAUACCUCUCCGUAUCGGCCUUCUAUUCGUUAUCCUCGCUACUAGCGCCAUCGGUGUUUACUUGCCUAUUUUAAUGAUUAAGUGGAUGCCUACUAAAACGCAUACUGUCUUCCUUAUCUUAAAGCAGUUCGGCACCGGCAUUAUUAUCUCAACUGCAUUCGUCCACCUAUACACCCAUGCUCAGCUAAUGUUCGCUAAUCCGUGUCUGGGAGAGCUUAAAUACGAGGCCACUACAUCUGCUGUCGUAAUGGCUGGUAUCUUCCUCUCUUUCCUCGUGGAGUUCGUUGGGAGACGCUUUGUAAUGGCGAAGAUGGCUGCGAACCCGAGCUCUACCUCGCGUCUCUCUCCCAAGACUUUUACUGUCCUUGUCCUUGAGUGUGGUAUCAUCUUCCACUCUAUCCUCAUCGGCAUUACCCUUGUCGUCGCUGGGGAUAGCUUUUUCCUUACCCUGUUUGUCGUCAUCAUCUUUCACCAAAUGUUCGAAGGCAUCGCCCUUGGCACCCGUAUCGCUCAGCUUGGCGAGGACGCCCCCACCGAGAAAGCUGAGCUCAACAACGCUCCGACGGAAGGCGAACAGACAUCCCCCGCACCGAAUAGUCUCAACCCCUUCAAAGACCCUUCUUUCUCCCUCAUCAAGAAGCUCCUCCUUGCAACCCCAUUCGCACUUGUCACUCCUAUCGGUAUGGCCAUUGGCAUCGGCGUCCUUCAUCAGUUCAAUGGCAAUGACCGCGACACCAUCCUGGCCAUCGGAACCCUUGAUGCUGUAUCCGCCGGAAUCCUUGUCUGGGUCGGUGUUGUGGAGAUGUGGGCUGAGGACUGGAUGCAUGGUGACGCCGAGCUGCUUCGUACAAGCCCCAUCGUCACCUUCUUUGCUGGUUUUGGCCUCGUUGCCGGCAUGGUUAUUAUGAGCGUGCUCGGCAAAUGGGCUUAG